UAUAAAGAACGUUUCUAUGGUUACUGUAGCUGAAUAACCAUUACCAUGGUAAAUGAUAAAAUUGAAGAAAUUGGAAAAGUUGAAUAGUUGCUUGUGUGAAAUAAUACCAAAAAUUUACCCCAACGAUUUUUUUCCUUUUCUCUCUCUUUUUGUUUCAUGCCUAAGAACUAUUAUUGUGAUUUCUGUCAUUGUACUUUUCCUGAUAGUAAAGUAAAUAGAACUAAUCAUAUCCAAGGCAGAACUCAUGUCAAUAACAGAAGGUUACAUUAUGAUUGGUUUAAUGUUUAUAGAUCCGCGGGCAUUCAUCCAAGAACAAUUGAACAAGCCUCCUUGCAAAUAUUAUUUAAACCAUGGCUAUUCCAUAUACAAAUUGAUCCGUAUACAGGACAAUACAAGUUUCCAAAGGAGAUACUCUAUUUUCAAUCACUAGCAUCUCAACCAACCAUCGUUAAGAACAAAAGAUAUAAGCUACCUCCAGGCUGGAAGUUGAAGGAUUUGCCUCCUUCCUUAAAGCCUCCUAUCAAGGACCAAAACUAUCACUGGGAUCAUACUGCCCAAUGGGGUUGA